AGAUGUCUCCCAAGCUAUACCCCAAUGUCAAAAAUAUAAUUUUAGGUUAGAGCAUUAUGAAAUUUAUAAUUUAUCAAAAAUAGUUUUAAAAUAAAAUGAAUAAAACAAUUAUAAACAAAAUAAAACCGUUUUACAGAAGUUGUUUCGACAAAGGGUAUUUAGUAUGUAAUAAAAAGUCUAUGUGCACACAGAAAAAUGCUAUCGAUAAAUCAUUUAAAGAGAAAAUCAACAAUGGCCCGAAUUUGCUACAUUUUCUUAAAAACAAUCAACAAAAAGAAGUAACAUGUCAACAAUAUGAUUACGAAGAUGUACCUUAUGUUGUUAAUUUAUCUAAUAAACCGAGAAAAGUGUAUUUUGAUGUAUACGGAUGCCAGAUGAACGUGAACGACACUGAAAUUGUUUAUUCGAUCUUAAAAGAUAAUAAUUUUGAACGUACAUUAGAUAUCGUCGAAGCUGAUGUUGUUCUAAUAAUGACUUGUGCUAUUAGAGACAGCGCGGAAGAAAAAAUUUGGGGACGACUCAGAUUUAUGAAAGGCAUAAAACAAUCUCGUAAAAAAGAUCGACCAAAGUUAAAAAUAGGAAUAUUAGGAUGUAUGGCUGAGAGACUUAAAGAAAAGGUUUUAGAAAAGAAUUCUUUGGUUGAUGUAGUAGCCGGUCCUGAUAGCUACAGGCAUCUUCCUAGGUUAUUAAGUCUAACAGAAAAUGAUCAAAAAUCUAUAAAUGUCGUUUUAUCAUUCGAAGAAACAUAUGCAGACAUAGCACCUGUUCGAUUGAAUGAAAAUUCGAUAUCUGCUUUUGUGUCUAUAAUGAGAGGCUGUGAUAACAUGUGUACUUAUUGUAUAGUACCGUUUACUAGAGGAAGGGAGAGAUCGCGACCUAUAACAUCUAUUUUACGUGAAGUAGAAUAUUUAUCUAAACAAGGUGUAAAAGAAGUUACAUUACUCGGUCAAAAUGUUAAUAGUUACAGGGAUACUUCCGUAGAUAAUAAAUUAGAUAAUAUAACCAGUUUAGCUAACGGUUUCAAAACUGUAUAUAAACCUAAAAAAGGCGGUCUCAGAUUUGCAGAUCUACUUGAAGAAGUCGCUAAAGUAGAUCCUGAAAUGAGAAUUAGAUUCACUUCACCGCAUCCAAAGGAUUUUCCCGAUGAAGUUUUAGAGGCAAUACAUUCACAUCGAAACAUAUGUAAAUACUUACACAUGCCUGCUCAAUCUGGUAGUACUGCCGUUUUGGAUAGAAUGAGAAGAGGUUACACUAGAGAAGCUUAUAUAGAGUUAAUCAAACAUAUACGUAAUAUGAUACCAGAUGUUGCUUUGAGUUCGGAUUUUAUUUGUGGGUUUUGUGGAGAAACCGAUGAAGAAUUUGAAGAAACUCUAUCACUUAUUGACGAAAUCAAAUAUAAUACAGCUUUCCUUUUUGCUUAUAGUAUGAGGGAAAAAACUACAGCUCAUAGGAGGUAUAAAGAUGAUGUUCCAGCAGAAAUUAAACAAUAUAGGUUGAAAAAAAUGAUAGAAACGUUCAGGAGAAACGCGGAAAAGAUAAACCAAUCCCAGAUAGGAAAGAAUCAAAUUGUUUUAAUCGAAGGUAUUAGUAAACGAUCUACAAAAUUUUUACAAGGACGAAACGAUCAAAAUAUUAGAGUUAUUAUACCACCGAUGAAAGUUCCUUAUCAGAAUGGAGAUUCCUUGAAGAAUAUAAAUCGAGGAGAUUAUGUAGUAGUUCGAGUGAAUGAAGCUAAUUCGCAAACGUUAAGAGCUGUUCCUUUGUAUCUAACUAAUCUUCGGAAUAGUUAAAAAUAGAAUUAGAAAAUAAAAUGUUUUAUCGAUGAAAA